AUGGCGCCAUUUCUUGUGGAAAAAAUUUAUACAGACGAAAGAACAGGGGCGUACCAAGAUGUAAGUGUUUGGAGGGCUCGAUUGGAUUCCAUCCCUGAAGGUGUGUUUAUGAUCGGGGACGUUGCAUUUGGAGCGUUUACUUCCAGUUUUCCACGAAAAGCUGUGGUUCUGGUUGAUCCCUUGAUCACCAUCUUAGUGAAAUCAUCAAACCGCCAUCUUCCUAGGAGGAAAUUUGGACCGACGAGGGCUCCGGGGGUAGACAAUACGGCUCUUUUUGGCGAGUAAAUGCUCCUCCAGGCUUUGUGGCCCUAGGCGAUGUGGCUUGCAAUAACUGGUCUCAGCCGACCCCUGAAUUUACCGCCAAGUAUGCCUGCAUCCGACAAGAUUUGCUUUCU